AACCCUGUACCACCGUUUCUUUAUCAGCGGCGCUGGUUCUUCUCCAUCGUCUCUCUGUUGGUAACCCUGCUUGUCCUUCUUCUUCUCAUUCUCAUUGGCCUUUUAUGCUGGGCUCUGGGUCUACGGUUUCCUCUUCGAAUGUCACACUGUUGCCAGUCCCUCACGCUCCAGGCGGAGGCCUCGACGGUCGAUGGUUCGGAAUGUCAACCUCAGUUACCAGCCUCUCCUCUUCCCUCGACAGUCUUGUCCUCUUGCUCAGCCUUCCUACAUGCUUUCCUUCCUUUUCGUGAUGUCGGCUUUGCAACCUGGUCAGUCAAGCGUCAUGGCAACCCAGGCCGCUUGACCUGUCCACCUUCGACUCAUCUUUGCCCAUGGUUGGGCAGUCUGUGCCACAGUCAACCCCGGACUGCCGGUAAAUGGACCAGAGACGCCAGUUGUUGCAGCCUGGACCAAGUCAGUGACAAUGUGCACUCGGUUGCAAGUUCGUCUGUGCCUCAAGAAUUUGCGGCAUGCGUGCAACCAAGGAGUCGGCAACAUGACAUACCCGCUGGGUGUUCGUACAAUGGUUCUGCAAAAGAGGCAUCAUGUCCGGUGGCCGACAAAGUGGGCCAACAUGUUGUCGACUGGUCCCUUCCCAUGACCAAGUCAAGGACCCGGCCAUAUGAUAUUGGUAUGGGCUUGUUAUUAAGGCAGGACCCAGAAGACUACGACGAGUGGAACCGUCAAAAGAGGAAAUUUCUAUCUCUUUCUUGUACUAAGGCCAUGGGCUCAGAUCCAGGCAGAGGGUUUUGCCGGACGUCCAUUGCUGCUAGCAAGGAUGAGAAUAGCCGGACUCUGGAGCUAAUGGCUGCCGCACUGGAGGGGUCCCGUGCAUGUAAUUGCGUCAAAUGUUGCUCCAACCUCACGGGCCAGUCGUGUUCAACCUGGUUGCCUUACAAUGAAAGUGGCCUUAUAGAAUUCAGGAGUCCUAGCUCAUCCUGCAUUGCAGCCGCUCUCGUUAAUCAUCGUGUCACUUCCGCGAGUAGUACCAGCAGCUGCGCCAGCAUUGGGUGUCUGAAUAACAUGAGCGUCUCCUCUACUGAGUCCGGCUCAGAAACCUCAGCGAAUGGCAAACAGCAUGGGGCGAAAUUGGCCGAAAUGGUCUGUCUAGGUGAGAAUUCGGAGUGGAUAAUGAAACCUUGCAAGCAAGAACCUUUUGGCAGGGGUAUUGCAAAAAUUAUCCAUAUUAUGUAA